CACGAAUUGACGAUAAGGGCUACAAGAAAAUGUGUGAGGUCGAUUACUUGUUAGUCUGAUGAGUCUCUAUCUUCCCAUUCACGGCACGGAUUGAGAAUAUAUGAUGUCUAUUUGCUGUUCGUCUAACAAAAACACAACCAAGAAAUGAAAUUGUGGCUCUUCCAAAAAUAGAAGGAGAGAUAUUUCAAAUUUAAGAUGGGCCGAGCGUUUGUAUACGUUAUACUGGGUGGUGGAGUUGCUGCUGGUUAUGCAGCUCUAGAAUUCACCAAAAAAGGGGUUUCUCCUGGUGAACUCUGCAUCAUUUCUGAAGAAUCGGUUGCUCCAUAUGAAAGACCUGCAUUAAGCAAAGGAUUUUUGCUUCCCGAAGCUCCUGCACGGCUUCCAUCAUUUCAUACAUGUGUUGGUUUGAAUGAGGAAAGGCUAACGACAAAAUGGUACAAUGAACAUGGCAUUGAACUUGUUCUUGGAACUCGAGUUAAGUCUGUUGAUGUGAAGCGGAAAACACUGUUAACAGCAACUGGGGAGACUAUAAGUUACAAGAUUCUUGUCGUAGCUACUGGUGCUCGGGCUUUGAAGCUUGAAGAAUUUGGGGUGAAUGUAUUGGAAGCUGAAAACGUGUGUUAUUUGCGUGAUCUUGCUGAUGCGAGUAAGCUUGUUAAUGUGAUGCAAUCUUGUGUUGGUGGAAAUGCUGUUGUAAUCGGCGGUGGCUAUAUAGGAAUGGAAUGUGCUGCAUCUCUGGUCAUUAACAAGAUCAACGUAACCAUGGUCUUUCCUGAGGACCACUGCAUGCCACGCUUGUUCACAACCAAGAUUGCAGAUUAUUAUGAGGACUAUUACAAGGGCAAAGGAGUCAAAUUUGUGAAAGGGACAGUCUUGACGUCUUUUGAGUUUGAUUCCAGUGGAAAGGUUACAGCUGUCAAUCUCAAGGAUGGUACUCGUGUACCUGCUGACUUGGUUGUCGUGGGAAUUGGAAUCCGCCCAAAUACUAGUUUGUUUGAAGGCCAACUCUCUAUAGAGAAGGGUGGUAUCAAGGUCAACGGGAAAAUGCAAGCUAGCAAUAGCUCAGUUUAUGCAGUUGGAGAUGUGGCGGCAUUCCCAGUCAAAUUGUUUGGUGAAAUUCGUCGCCUUGAACAUGUAGAUUCUGCAAGGAGGACAGCUAGACAUGCAGUCAAUGCAAUAGUGGAACCUGAGAAAACCGAUGACUUUGACUAUCUUCCAUUCUUUUAUUCUAGAGUCUUUGGUCUAUCUUGGCAGUUCUAUGGGGAUAAUGCAGGAGAGAUAGUUCAUUUUGGUGAUUAUUCAGGGAAGAGCUUUGGAGCCUAUUGGGUAAAAGAUGGCCUGCUUGUUGGGUCUUUCCUUGAAGGUGGAAACAAAGAAGAAUAUGAGGCCCUGGCCAAGGCCACCAGGCUUAAACCUUCAGUUGAAAACUUAACUGACCUUGAAAACAAAGGUUUGAGCUUCUCUGUUGAAAUUUGCCAGAAGUCGCUGCCGUCAUCCCCAAUUGUUGGUGUUAAAAAUUCCACUGAUAUAGUCCAAAAACCACUACAUGUUUGGCAUGCAACUGCUGGGGUUAUAUUUGCUGCAUCAGUGGCUGGCUUUGCUUACUGGUAUGGCAGAAGGCGUAGGAGGUGGUGAAAAAUCAUGCAUAUAAUUAUUAUCAUUAUUAUUUUUUAGUAAGGCUUGUCAAUCACACUUUGUGUUGUAACACCGUUGAUUACUGGAUGAAUACACUCCAUAUUUGGGUUUUGAAGAUCACUUUAUCUUGAUCAAUGAUUUGUAGUGUAUCCUCAAUAGUUAUACGUAGUACAUAUUUGUUAAAAAUACUAGUGGAAA